UUCUCUGUAGAGAGAGGCAGACCUUUGAAAUAAAUGGCGGGGGAUCUUAUCAUCUUCCCCCUCACUCCAACCCAAUACGAGACUCAGAAACUCCUAAACUACUAGAUUUUACACUCUACAGUAUCCGCCAACUUCUAGGGUUUAUCAAGAAAAACCCCUCACAGGCCACAAUGUUAGCUUCACUCAAAUUUCCCCACACCCUUCCUUCAAAUCGUUUCUUCUUUUGCUGCCAUUGUACCUCUUCACCUCGUACAAAACAACCCACUAUUGACAUGGUCAAAUACAAAGAAGCUUUUGCUAAGAGGAUGGCAAUGGCUGGACUCAAACCUCAUCACAGAAUUGCUGUAGGAGUUUCAGGAGGACCAGAUAGUGUGGCUCUAUGUGUAUUGACAUCUCAGUGGAAAAAAGAUGCCCUAAUUGGAAUUGAUGAAAAAGAUGGGUGUGUAGAUGGGCUAUUAGCCAUUGUAGUUGACCAUGGUUUGCGAAAAGAGAGCAAAGAUGAAGCAAAUGUGGUCCACGAUAGGGUUUCGAAACUGGGUGUUAGAUGUGAAAUUGCAAGUUGUGAAUGGUUAGACGGAAGGCUUAAGCUGGGUCAUUUGCAAGAAGCGGCUCGUGAUAUGAGGUAUCAAAUUCUGCAGAAUGUUUGUCUGGAAAACCAAAUUAGUGUGCUGCUUAUUGCACACCAUGCGGAUGAUCAGGCUGAAUUGUUCAUUUUAAGAUUAUCUCGCAACAGUGGCAUUCUUGGGCUUGCUGGAACAGCAUUUAUUUCUGAGUUGUUCCCUACAAACAUCCAUUACUAUGGUGAAACUUCUUGUACUGAUGGGAUUCUAUUAGUACGCCCUCUGCUGGACUUCUCAAAAGAAGAUAUGUAUGAAAUAUGUCGAAAAGGUGGUAUCUCAUGGGUUGAAGAUCCAACAAAUCAGAGUCCAUUGUUUGCUCGUAACAGGAUCCGUCUAUCAUUGGGAAAUUCAAAAAUAGGUACCUUCAGAUCUGAAGUGCAAGCGCUUGUUUCGGCCUGUCGAAAAACACGUUCUUUUGUUGACAGAAUUUGCUCUAAUUUGAUAAAUCAGACUGUAACUGUCAAUUCUCAUGGAUAUGUUACCAUUGAUGUAGAGAAGCUGGAUCCUUCAAAUGUUGAAGAUAUAUGCCUGUCCAAGUUUUUUACAUUAAUUUUGCAGUUUAUUUCACAAAGGCACAGGCCAGUUAGAGGCAGAACUUCAAAGUUGUUGUUGGAAUAUGUGCGGAACAUUCCUAUCAAGACUUCUCUUACUGCAGCAGCUUGCUACAUUUGCCCAGCUCCACGAUCUAAUGGCACAAAAAUCCUGGUUUGCUGCUCUGUUGAUUCUCCUUUACCAUCAGAAAUGGCUUCUUCUCACAAGUAUUUUUGUGAAGGAAACAAGCAUUUUACGACUAGCGAUGUGAAGGAUAUUCUUAUGAACGCGAAAUCAUAUUCGGAUUGUUUGGUCCUACCGGACGCCUCAGAUGUGCCAUUUCUACACGCAACAACCUCAGAGUCGCUUCUAGGAGAAGCAAAAAGACGCCGUCUUCUUAGUGAAUCUACUCACGAAAGCAUUUACUUAUUGCAAAAAGAGGAAACUAAGCAUUUCAACGCCAAAACUGAAGUUAUAUUACCAGAACAAGAAUCAAGGCAGGACAUAAAACAUUCCAGUACUCAUCUGAGAUACGCAGUUGGGCCUGGUCAAUUCCACCAUUUUAUGAACAGAUUCUUGUUAAUGUGGAGAGUUCAAAAGCUACCCGCUGGGGAGAUUGCUUCAAACUGGAACACGGAAUUGGUAUCUCAGGAUUUUCCUUGCAGUUCAUGCGUGGUUGGCCAGGAAGCUUCAGUGCGCACAAUGGUGGAAGCUGAUUGGCUGUAUCUUGCUAGGCUUUCUAAAGGUCAAACGAUAGAAUCAUGUCAAGAAGAUAAACUUUUAUCUGCUUGUAAGAUGGGGAAGAAAGUCUCAUGUUCAGAUUAUGUGAGGCUAUCAGCACAGAAAGCUCUCCUGAUGUUGAAGUUAAUUCCUGUAGCUGCAAGGAGAGGCUUACCCGUCCUAGUGAAUUCUCAAGGGCUAUUGCUUAGUAUUCCGAACAUUUGUUUCAAAUAUUGUCCAUACUUGUCAGUUUCUGCUACGUACAAGCCGCGGGUACCCCUUGGAGGAGGUCAUAGUUCAUUUCUCUAGGUGAUAAGUCAAGAGCUUUCCACUGAUCGUAGAAACUAAUCUAACACUGGGAAGCGGUUAAAGUUUACACAGAAACUGAAGAAGAUUGCUAAGCUAGUCCCUUUUGGCUUUUGGCCCUGACAGUGUAUGCGAAGCUUACUGGUUCACCGUUAACCAGCUAUGGGUUUAUCAGCUUAAAGAAAGAU